AUGCCUGUAUCGGUCGGGAAUCGUGGGGCGCAGGCAGCAGAGUUGAAGGACGAGCAUUUGGGUAGUCGGCCAGUGUCGACGCCGGAUAUUGAAGAGGCACACACAGAUGAACUUCCUCCCGAUGGAGGGAUAACGGCUUGGCUGGUCGUGUUGGGUGCUUGGUGUGCAAUGUUCUGCAGUUAUGGAUGGCUUCAUAGCGUUGGCGUUUUCCAAGAUUACUAUCAAACCGUCAUGUUUCCGCACGACUCCGUGAGCAAAAUCUCCUGGAUCCCGUCCCUUGAGGUCUUCCUCAUGCUUGGCUUGGGUCCUAUUGUGGGCCGGCUCAGCGACACCGUUGGACCACGCGCCGUGGUCAUGGCAGGCUCAUUUUUGCACGUCUUCGGGCUUAUGAUGGCCUCCAUCUCAACCAAGUAUUACCAGGUACUGCUUGCACAGGGAAUUUGCAGUUCAAUAGGCCUCAGUGCCAUCGCUCAGCCGGCCUUGAGUAUCCUUCCCAGCUGGUUUAAUGCAAAACUCGGCACUGCCUAUGGGGUCAUGUCGUCGGGUGCCGGCAUUUCUGGCGUCAUCCUCCCCGUCAUGGUCAGUCGACUCAUCGACAAAGCCAGCUUUGGCUGGGCCAUGCGGAGUAUCGCAUUCCUCACCCUAUUCCUACUCAUCAUCGCCAGCCUUACCAUCAGGGAACGCGUGCCGCCACGCCCAGAGGCCCUGACCAAAGAGACCGUCCUGCGCCCGUUUCGAGAUGUGAAGAUGGUCCUGCUCGUUUUCGGCUGUGUCUUGCUGACCUUUGGCAUCUGGAUCCCACUCGACUACAUAAUCACAUCGGCAGUGGCCGCGGGGAUGCGGCCCAGUUUCGGACAGUGGCUGGUGCCCAUACAGAACGCCGGGGGUAGCAUCGUUGGACGUACGCUGUCCGGUCUCUUCGCGGACAAGAUCGGCACGUACAAUGUGUUCAUCUCGUUCUCCAUCUGCACCGGUAUCCUGGUACUUGCACUUUGGGUACCCGCCACCAGCAACGCCGCUGUGAUCGUUUUCGACGUGCUGUUUGGAAUUGCUUCAGGAGCGUACUUCUCUCUGAUUGUCGCCGUGGUAGCAUGCAUAGCCCCGCCCCAGGAGAUCGGAUACUGGAGUGGCGUAAACUUCAUGUUCGCCUCGGUCGCAGGACUUGCAACGGGUCCCAUUGCAGGCACUAUCCUAGCACAGGAUAACGGCUCGUACUGGGGAAUGAAGGUUUACUCGGGCGUUCUGAUCCUCGUUGGCAGCGCGUUGGUGCUGGGGACGCGGGUGCUGCAGACGGGGCUUGUGCUGCGAACCAGGUUUUGA